ACCACAUGAUUGAGAGAGAGGAGAGAGAGAGAAAAUAAUCACUUUUAGAAAAAAAUCCGAUUCUGCAGUGUAUGGUUAAGGAUAAUCUAACACAUAAUCACAUUAUCCUUGUAUGCCUGGCUGCUUGUGCUGGCCUGUAUGUGAAUGUUAACCCCAAAGACUCCUUUAGAUGUCACUGAACUAGUUACUAUAAAAAAUAUUUCACUUUCAAACUCCCACAUUGCAAGAAGAGAAAAAUUCAGUACAAAGGCAAUUUUGAAGUUUCCCUGUAACCUGGGCUCCUGAAGACGCAGCGCUGGAGCAGAUGGAUAAUGGAGACUGGGGCUAUAUGAUGACUGACCCAGUCACAUUAAAUGUAGGUGGACACUUGUACACAACGUCUCUCACCACAUUGACGCGUUACCCGGAUUCCAUGCUUGGAGCUAUGUUUGGGGGGGACUUCCCCACAGCUCGAGACCCUCAAGGCAAUUACUUCAUUGAUCGAGAUGGACCUCUUUUCCGAUAUGUCCUCAACUUCUUAAGAACUUCAGAGUUGACUUUACCCCUGGAUUUUAAGGAAUUUGAUCUGCUUCGGAAAGAAGCAGAUUUUUACCAGAUUGAGCCUUUGAUUCAGUGUCUCAAUGACCCUAAGCCUUUGUAUCCUAUGGAUACUUUUGAAGAAGUUGUGGAGCUAUCUAGUACUCGGAAGCUUUCUAAGUACUCCAAUCCAGUAGCUGUCAUCAUAACUCAACUAACCAUCACCACCAAGGUCCAUUCCUUACUAGAAGGCAUCUCAAAUUAUUUUACCAAGUGGAAUAAGCACAUGAUGGACACCAGAGACUGCCAGGUUUCCUUUACUUUUGGGCCCUGUGAUUAUCACCAGGAAGUUUCUCUUAGGGUCCACCUGAUGGAAUACAUUACAAAACAAGGCUUCACGAUCCGCAACACCCGAGUGCAUCACAUGAGUGAGCGGGCCAACGAGAACACAGUGGAGCACAACUGGACUUUCUGUAGACUAGCCCGGAAGACAGAUGACUGAUCUCCCACCCUGAGAGAAGUUGUUGGAAACUGACUCUCCAGGAAAUGAAAGAGACUGAUUUUUUAAAAAAAAUCACAGUGUGAGAUUUUUUUUCUUUUAAAUAUUUGUAUUUAUUUGAAGGCAGUGAGGACCAGAAGGAAGUUUUGUGCUUUAGCAGUCUCCUCCCUGUUUUGUUCCCUUCACCCGGAGUAUGCAUGUGCCUGUUCAGAGUCUCCAAAUACCUUUUUUAUAAAAAGAAGUCUGAAAAUCAUUAUGAUAUAUAAUCUACCCUUAACAGAGCUUUUUUAUUACAGUGCUAAAAUGAUUUCGGAUAAAAAAUGGUCCCUAAUUCAACUAGAAGGGUAAAAAUACAAGAAUGAAAGAAUAAGCAGAAUACGCAUGAUGCCUUUGAGGAAAAUCAAAACAUCAUGUAGGGUGACCUAGUUUUGAAACCAGUAAGUAGUAUUGUAAUAUUAAAGGAAAACUGUUCCAAUCAUUUAAAAGUACUUAUUAAGUACUGCUUUUUACAGUUAUGACAACUGUUUCUUUCUAUGCAUAUAAAUCAAGGAACCAAAUAUCUGUAGCCAUGGAAAUGUCUGACUAGAAAUAUUUAUAUUGGAUUCUGAAUACAAAAUGUCCCUGUGGUAGAAAUCUUACUUCUUAUGCCUGGUGCAGUAUAAAUUCCAAGUGUACUGUCUACCAGAAAAAAAAAAAGCUAAUAAAAAAUGAAUAUGAAAAUUAA